AGCCUCUCCCCUACGUUACACCCGUUACACCCCUAUAAACCACAAAAUGGCCUCCGACGAUGUAUACCCCCUCUUUAUGCUUGACGACAACAAAAUCCUCCAUGGUAUCGUCGUUACAUGGACCCUCCGCUUCAACGACCUUCUCGACGCCGACCGCCUCCACACCUCCCUCUGCCGCCUCCUCUCGAUCGGCGACUGGAGAAAGGUCGGCGGACGCCUAGUCCGAAAGGUAUCCCCUACCUCCCUCGAAAUUCACGUCCCCCCUCAGUUCACCCCCGCACGCCCCGCCCUCACCUACUCCCACACGGCCAACCCCUCUGACAUCGACGACCACCCCCUCGCUAAGACCCUCCCAAAGGCCACGCCCACCCCCUCCAUCCAGCGCGGCUCCAACGAAUUCCGCGACUUUGAAUGCCGUAAAGACGCUCCUGCCACCCUCGAGGACUACCUCAUCAACGACACGCCCAUCCUCUCCCUCCACAUCACCUCCUUUAAUGACGCCACCAUAAUCGGCCUAACAUGGCCGCACGUCCUCAUGGACGUCAUGGGCCAGCAGGCUCUCCUGCGCGGCUGGUCGCUCGUCCUAGCAGGAAAGGAGUCGGAAGUCCCAGCCCUCCUCGGCGCACGUGAGGACGCCCUCUUAUUCCCCGACAACCAAGAAGUCUACCAUCCCCAACGCCUUCAAGGAUUCGGCAUGUUCAAGUUCGGACUGCGAUUUGUCGCCGACCUCCUCUGGAAUCGCGUCGUCGAGACACGCACAAUCUUCCUGCCAAAGGCGGCCGUGGCCAAACUACAACUCCAAGCCCAAGAAGACCUCUCCGGCGAGUUCGUCAGCGAAGGCGACGUUCUAACAGCAUGGGCGACGCGUGCUGUGGCCUCAUCCAUGCCACCUCGUCCCAUAACCGCCCUACACCCCCUUAACCUGCGAUUCCGUCUUCCAUCCCUCAUCGAGGCUCCCGGCGUCUUCGUGCAGAACAUGGCCGUCUCAGCCUUCUCGCUCUUCACGCCUGAACUCCUCCGAGGACCCCUCGGACCCAUUGCGCUCGAGAAUCGGCGCCAGCUGAUGGAGCAGGCGACAGAGCCUCAAUUGCUCGCCUUGUUACGCGAGAUGAGACAGAGCUACACGCCUGGCAGCGACACAACCGUUCUCUGCGGCGAGUCGCAUGCCCUGCUGAUGCCGUUUACGAACUGGACCCGAGCAAACGUCUAUCAGGCGGCUGAUUUUAGCUCAGCAGUCGUACGCGCUGGUGAGGGAGACUCGAGGAACAACCCGCCCGGCACCAUUGUGUACCAGCACGCCAAUUCAAUGCGAUCGAGCCCGACGAUGCGAAAUGUCGUUGUCAUACAUGGCAAGGACCACGGUGACAACUACUGGCUGACCGCGCUUCUGCUCCCGGCCGCUUGGGCGAAGAUUGAGGAGGAGAUUAAGAAGUUGUAGGCGGGAUCUGUUCGUUCGCCGCCGAUUCCAUUUCUCCGCGUUACCGAGAGCAUCUAGUGUAGGUGGACAUCUGUCCGUUUGUCGCCGAUUCUAUUUCUCCACGACACUGAAAACGAUACUGAGAGCAUUUAGAGUUGGAAUCAGAGAGAUGUGUUUUAGCCCCUGCUAUCGAGGACGAGUGUUUGGCUUUUAGAUCGACGGGAUAUGCUUCGGCUCCUAAUAUCGAAGAGUGCGUCGACGCCGAAAUGGACUCGGCAGGUUAAUUCUAAAUCUCUGUGCAUAAUCAUAGAAUCGUUUCUGUUUUUUAGACUAGACUAAUAAUUUAUA